CACUUCCCUGACUGCUUAGACAGCAGUGAUGAGAAAGGAUGUGGCAUUAAUGAGUGCAAUGACCCUACGCUCAGUGGUUGUAACCAAAAACUGCACAGAUACCUUAACCAGUUUCUAUUGUUCUUGUAACCCUGGUUACAAGCUGUUGUCUGACAAGAGGACUUGUGUUGAUAUUGAUGAAUGCAAGGAGACACCCUUCAUCUGUAGCCAAAAGUGUGAGAACUUACCUGGCACUUACAUCUGCAAAUGUGCCCCAGGCUACAUCCGUGAGCCAGACGGAAAGACCUGCCGGCAGAACAGCAACAUCGGCCUGAUCUCAUUUUUAGCAACCGUUACUAUUUGA